GUGGGGAUGGUAGAAUUCCCAGCACAGGGCUGGAAUUUCCCAGCAAUCAGUAACAUAAACCAGUCACCAGGUGUCUAGCCUUUACUUUUGUCACCCUGACAGGAACCCAGAAGAUAAGAGCAGCCACCACUCGGACUACUGCUGCAGUGCAGACAGGACAGAACUCUGCUCUCCUUGUGGGUGACUUGUGGUCCCUGUCCUUGGAUCACCCAGUUCUUACGGUCACUACACAUGGCAGGCAGCAUAAUGCUUCUACCGUCUGGGGAUUUGGAGGGGCUGCAGCUGGUGGGCUCCGGGGGAUUUGGACUUGUAUACAGAGGACGGAGCAAGAUGCUGAGUAUGGAGGUUGCACUGAAGAUGAUCCAGGGAUCAAACAGCUCCAACCUGACAAGACUUAUGAGGGAUCUAAAGAAAGAACGAGAUGUAAUGCAGAAGGCCAGCAACCCUCACGUGCUCCGCCUCAUUGGUGUGUAUGAGAAACCUGAAGGAAAUCUUAUUGAACAUGGACUGGUCAUGGAGUACAUGCCCUACGGCUCUUUACGGUCUCUCUUUGACAAUAUCCCUGAUGUUCCCUGGGCCUUGAGGUUCCAGAUUCUCCACCAGGUGGGCCUGGGAAUGAACUAUCUGCACAGCCUUGACCCACCAAUCAUCCAUCGAGACCUGAAGCCUUCCAAUGUACUGUUAAGCAGGCACUUAGAUGCACAGAUCACAGAUUUUGGAUUGUCCAAGAUUGUUGGGGCAACUAGUUCUGUAGCUCCAUCGUUGGCUGGCACCUUAUCAUACAUGCCACCAGAAGCUCUGAAUGACAUCAACUAUUACUCAGCCAAAUCCUUUGAUGUUUACAGCUAUGGGAUCUUAACAUGGACAAUGUUCUCGUGUGAAGAACCCUAUCCUGGUAUACCUCUGGCUGUAAUCCAGCGCUGUGUGGGUGAAGGCCAAAGACCUAGAGCUAGUGUUCUAGACCAGUACAGCAAUAUCAGAAUGGUGCCUGAAGUUAAAGAAUUAAUGAUUAGAUGUUGGAAUCAAAAUGCAGAUAAUAGGCCCAGCUUCCAUGACUGUAGUGAAUCCACAUCAUUGAUGUUGGAGGCAUAUACAGAUGAAGUUGUUGAUGCUGUUCGAAGGGUUCAAGAUCUUCUUCGUAAGACGUCUUCCCAGGAUCAGUUAACAGUAACAUUUGAACAUUCUAGCAUCUCUUUGGAGGAUUUUCUCAAAGAUUUAAAAAAUGCUCAAAAGGAUAUAUUGGAGGUAGAAACAUCUUCAGUGGAUGAAAAAACAGAAGAGAAAGAAGAUAAGAACGACAAUAUGCUUUUACUUUCAGAAGCCGUUGAGGAUGAUGGUGAAAUUUCUUCAGCAGAAGCUUACAUGAAUAACAUUGCAACAUCAAUCACCGAGUUCCGGUGACUAUAAAAAGAUAAUGAAAAAGCUUGACAAUAAUGGCCUCAUAACUAAAAAGGAGCAGGAGAAACUCAGUGGUAGCCAGAGUUUGAAGGACUUGGGGAUCAGAGCAAGGAAUGUUAUUGUGACAAAGUACAAGGACGAUCCUAAAGUAAUAGAAUCUAUUUUUAAGAAAAUGUUCUAAAUACAACUUGAAUACAAUUUAUUCAUAAUUGAUGGUUGUGGACAAGCUAUGAAAAGCAGUACAUGGAAGCACAAUACAGCUGACAUCAUAUUAGACCUGGAGCAUAUGGCAAAAUGCAACUCAAAGUCAAGGGUGUCCUACAGGACAAGGGAGCAAGAACCCUGGCCUUCCUGUCUGAGGAUCAAUAGAGAAGAUGUGGUUGUGUGAAGCAGCAACAGGACGAUAGCUCAUUUUGAUGAGUUCUACCCACUAAACCUGUGUUUGAACUUAUAGAGGAACAGACAUUCCUAAUUUGAUGUCCUCAUUACCACUCUUCUUCUAAAUCUCUCUUGUUGAAUGGCUGACAAGACAACUAGUCAAUGCCAAGCAUGGGUCCUACUAGGUAUAUGCCUGAACAACCCUUUCAACCUUUGAUAGAAGUUUCUCACCCACCAGACCAAACCAGCUGUUAGCAUCCAUACAUUUGCUAAUAUUUGUGAGAUUAUUCUGAUAUUGAGAACAUUUUUUACGCUAAUUUCAACUAUGUCAUACCUUCCUGCUUUUAAGCCCUCUAAUGAAGCCAUCCCAGUAAUCUCCUGGCACAAGAAACAUUUUAUAUGUAAUAGAAUGAAGCUGCUAAAGUGCUCUUUAAAGUACACAGUACUUUGGGCUCCUCCAGACCUUACUCAGAGAGCUAAAGAUUGCUGAUUCGCAUCUAUAGUCUAUCAGGCAUUUGAGCUCCACCAAGCAUGGCCAUAAAAAGCCAACAGAAGUUGAACCACCCAUGGGUUCUAACUUUAAGCCCAUUAAUUAAAACAACAAUUCUUUAUUAUAUAUUAGAUUAAACCACAGGUGCCAAAACCUUCACAUUUGUCUAUAGUCAUGUUUUCCAUGUAUGACAUCUUCCUGCUCAAAUGGAGAGUAACUGUCCUUGCCCAUUGCAGAGAUGGAACCCUAGGACAUUGACCACCCAUCAUAGUCGAUUCACUAUCUCACUCCUACCUGCAGAUAGAGCCUCUUCAAAUUUGAUGCAGAUGUGAGAAUGUAUAUUGCUUCCAUCAGCUCUCCAUGACAUUUUGGACAUCCAUUUAAAAUAUUAUGUAAUUAUACUGAAGGUGUGCUUCUUGGGUGUCUUGAAAGAUUUGAUUCUAGUCAACCAUCUGUAGCUUUUUUGACUAGAUGAUUUUCAGAAAUGACUGAACUCCCUACACUCCACUGCUUAAUGAUUGUCUGUGCAAUUAUAAAUUUGUAUACAUAAGUCAUUGUUGAAUUUCAAAGUCUGGUGGCUUUACCAUACUGAUCACUUGCCUGGGGAAGAUGGGUUGGCUCCGUUGUUUCUAUCCUCAAAAUUAUUUAUUGUCAUAUGCACUCAAUAUAUCUUUGCAUACAUAUAAUGUCCUAGUGCUUGCAUCUUGUUAUACUUGUAAAUGUUUUGGUUUAUAUUUUUGUAUAUUUAUCUUACUGUUUACAUGCAGUACCCCAGUGGAAGUGGUAUAAUUGUACUGUACACCUAGUAUGUCUAAGCAUGAGAAAGAGUUAACAGUCCUUGCCCAGCCCUCUCUGUAGCUCAGGGUGUGGGCUGGCUCCACCCCUUAGUUCCAGAAUAUUCCAGUCUAUCUGUAGAGAGAGGGAGGUGGUAAGGAGUAAUCUCCAUGUGCUCCUUUUCUCCAGAGUCUAGCUCUAAGCCCUGUCACCUCCACAAGCUCCAGGAGAUGAAACAAAGCAAGAAAUAAAGGAGGAGGAUUUGAAAAGCUUCAAUGAGACAGAGAGAGAAACAUCAAUUUAACCCAGUUUAAAAUGUCCUGGACCCUGCUUUUGCAAAGGGGAAACAAGUUAAGACACCCUAUGCACCACAGACUCGUAGACACUAUAGCCAGAGUUGUAGUUGCUAGCCAUAGAUCGCAAUAACAGGAGCUUUAGCGAGAGAACCAGUAAAUAGAGGGCCAUUGUUGCAACAAACUGCCUAGUUCAUGCUUGGACAUCUGGGUUAAAUUUGCACUUUGUACAGAUAAGUGUUGAAUGUACUAUAACUUCAAUUUUGUACACAGUAAAGAGUGAGUUUUGUUAAGUUCAA